CAUGGUUUCUUCUUCUUCGUUGUCACCUUCAUCUUUCGCCAUAUUUUCUCCAUCUUUGAAGCAUUACAAUCGUCGACCAUUUCAAGUUAUUAGAGCCCAAAGCUGCAGAGAUGGGAGAUCAAGUAACGGGGUGGAUGCAAAUUUAAGGGUAUUGAGGGAGAGAAUAGAGCAGGUGAAGAUGAAGGAGAAGCUGGAAAGAUGUUGCAGAUGGGAAUAUGGGUGGAAUCAUGGAGAUGGAUAUAGUUACAACAAGGUGAAAAGAGAUAAGGAUAAGCAAGAGUUGUUUGAGCUUGUGAGUUUGGUCGGGACAACCGUUGGCUUCACAUGCCUUACUGAAACUCUUUUCCUUUUUCUUGUUUCAAUAUUUGUUCAUCUCCAUCAUUCAUUUUAUUAA